ACAGCGACUUUAUAAAAAACAGCAGAAAAAGGCGAGACUUUUAGCCCCCGCAACAACUCGUCUUCCUCCCCUCUCCAGCAGCGUAGGCCAGCGAGCGGCAGCGGCAGCAGCAGCAGUUGUUGUUGGGGGUAGGUGCGCCUCCUCCCCAACCAAACCCUCGCUUCCCUCGCGCGCGGCGCGGCGAUGGCGCUGGCGCUGGAGGCGGCGAGGUCGUGGGCGGCGUCCGUGCUGCCGCCGGAGCUCGCCGCCGCGGCGGGGGGCGACCCGCUCGCCGCCCUCGCCGCCACGGCCGCGGCGCUCGUCGCCGGGGUGGUCAUCCUCGCCGUGUGGUUCCGAUCCGGUGGAGGGGCGCCGCCCAAGGCCGCCGCGCCGCCGCCGCGCCCGCCGCCGGUCAAGAUCGAGGCCGACGCCGACGCCGACGACGGCCGGAAGCGCGUCACCGUCUUCUUCGGCACGCAGACCGGCACCGCCGAGGGCUUCGCUAAGGCGAUGGCAGAGGAGGCGAGGGCGCGGUACGAGAAGGCGGUGUUCAAAGUUGUGGAUCUGGAUGACUAUGCAGCUGAGGAUGAGGAGUACGAGGAGAAGCUCAGGAAGGAAACUAUCGUGUUGCUCUUCCUAGCAACAUAUGGGGAUGGGGAGCCUACCGACAAUGCUGCAAGAUUCUACAAAUGGUUCACUGAGGGGAAGGAAAAGGAAGUCUGGCUUAAGGAUCUUAAGUAUGCUGUUUUUGGCCUGGGAAAUAGGCAGUAUGAGCACUUUAAUAAGGUUGCAAAGGUGGUGGACGAACUGCUAGAGGAGCAGGGUGGCAAGCGUCUUGUCCCAGUUGGCCUUGGAGAUGAUGAUCAGUGCAUUGAGGAUGACUUCACAGCAUGGAAAGAACAAGUUUGGCCAGAAUUGGACCAACUGCUCCGUGAUGAAGAUGAUACAACUGGUGCAUCCACUCCUUACACUGCUGCUAUACCUGAAUACAGAAUUGUAUUUAUUGAUAAAUCAGAUGUAUCGUUCCAAGACAAAUCGUGGUCACUUGCCAAUGGCAGUGGUGUUAUUGAUAUUCACCAUCCUGUCAGGUCUAAUGUUGCUGUUCGAAAGGAACUCCAUAAGCCAGCUUCAGAUCGCUCUUGCAUUCAUCUGGAGUUCGAUAUCUCAGGCACUGGUCUUGUGUAUGAAACUGGUGACCAUGUUGGUGUUUAUUCAGAAAAUGCUAUCGAGACAGUGGAGCAGGCUGAAAAGCUGCUAGAUCUUUCCCCAGAUACAUUUUUCUCCGUCCAUGCAGACGCAGAAGAUGGAUCACCUCGUAAAGGGGGUGGUUCUUUGGCCCCACCUUUCCCUUCUCCUUGCACCUUACGGACUGCACUUCUAAGAUAUGCUGAUCUACUUAAUUCUCCAAAGAAGGCUGCUUUGGUUGCUUUAGCUGCUCAUGCGUCUGACCUAGCUGAAGCUGAAAGAUUGAGAUUUUUGGCUUCCCCUGCUGGAAAGGAUGAAUAUUCUCAAUGGGUAGUAGCUAGCCAAAGAAGCCUUCUUGAAGUUAUGGCUGCAUUCCCUUCAGCUAAGCCCCCACUGGGAGUAUUCUUUGCAGCUGUUGCACCUCGCCUACAACCGCGUUACUACUCCAUAUCAUCAUCUCCAAAGAUGGCUCCUUCCAGAAUUCAUGUAACAUGUGCGUUAGUUUAUGGACCUACACCAACGGGAAGGAUUCACCAAGGAGUUUGUUCGACAUGGAUGAAGAACGCAAUCCCAUCAGAAUAUAGUGAAGAGUGUAGCUGGGCACCAAUUUAUGUGAGGCAGUCAAAUUUUAAGUUGCCUGCAGAUCCGACCACUCCAAUUAUCAUGAUUGGUCCUGGUACAGGGUUAGCACCAUUUAGAGGCUUCUUGCAGGAAAGAUUAGCUCUAAAACAAUCUGGAGUUGAACUGGGCAAUUCAGUUCUCUUCUUUGGAUGCAGGAACCGUAAUAUGGACUACAUAUAUGAAGACGAGUUGCAAAACUUCAUUCAGGAGGGUGCACUUUCUGAGCUGAUUGUUGCCUUCUCUCGUGAAGGACCAGCCAAAGAAUACGUGCAGCAUAAGAUGACAGAGAAGGCCACAGAAAUUUGGAACAUCGUCUCACAAGGUGGUUACAUAUAUGUGUGCGGUGAUGCCAAGGGUAUGGCAAGAGACGUACACAGAGCUCUUCAUACAAUUGUUCAAGAGCAGGGAUCUUUGGAUAGCUCCAAAACCGAGAGCUAUGUAAAGAGCCUACAGAUGGACGGCAGGUACCUCCGUGACGUAUGGUGACACCAUCAGAAUUAUCAGAAAUAGCUCGCUCUAGCUUUGUAGAAGUGAAGGUGUCAAGAGUCGGAUUUGCCUGUAAGGCCAUGGUGCAUGCCAAUCCAAUCGUGAGUUUUUCAGAACGAAGCGUGCCGUUGCUUAGAAAAUUGGAGUUAAAAGUCGGUGUAAUUCUUUGACAUCUAACAUGGUUCCGAUAUUUAUUAUUAUUAUAUGGAUGAUUGAAAGAAUAAGUACCUGUUGUAGAUUUGUAGAACCUGAAAGUUGGCCCUGUCCCUUCAGUUUGUAGUAAGAGGGAUACAUCAUACAGUAUGAGACAAUCAGAUUAUAUCGUGUAUACAUUGAAAGAACACCAAGCCAAUUUUGCAUCUGGUUUAUGAAUUAAAACAUAUGCUUUAAGUAGCUA